AUGCCGCGAGUCUGGGGUAAAAGAUGCGGCGUGGGGAUUGAUGCAGGUAACCCUGGUCUAAUUGGCUUGGAGGCUCACGGAUGGUACAGGUGGAUGAACCUUAUAGUUGGAUUUCAGGGCAGAGUGCGCAAUGCGCGGGGCCAGAUGGGCGCGUGGGGUGGCACACUGGACGGGAAUGGACGCUUAGAAGACGGCUGGACGCAGGAAUCGGUCCUGCGCGUGGAGCGGAUGCUGUUGCUGACGUCGACUGUGAAAGCGUGGGACAGAACCUGGUCAAAAGGCAGUGUAGUGGCAGCUAUCGAUGUGGACGGAGUGGACCGGUGGUUUUCAGGAAGGUUCAACGCUUUAUCACUCGACGAGCUGCAAGCAAACCUUGGGAUCGUCCGUGCUUGUAUGCGGCCAACGACCAGUCUCCAUGCCGCCGCUGCAACCAGACGUGCACCCAAUCUAUCUUGUGCUCGAGGGUACCUGAUCUACGCCAAAAACAACGAAAGAGUUGCACGGCAGCGAAGACGGUAUUUUCGCGCCGCAGACGGGCAGACCCUCGGGAAAGCGUGUGGUGACCGCAACAACCGACUUCCAUCUCCGCCAGAUGACGAACGCCAUGCCUCUCAGCACGAGCUACGUAUCUGCAGUCCCUGACCCCAGCAGCACAUGGAGUGAAGCCCCACGAAGUCCAUGGGUAUUGCGGGACACGAUUGCUUGCAUGCAGCACUGCCCUCUGUCCCUGAGCGGGAAGCCGAGCAUAGCCGCCGCUGUCGACCGGACCCUGCUUGGCUAUCAAUCACCCUUUGCUCCACGUCGCGAUACGCGCUGAUACUACCCUACACACGUCCCGCAGUCGGCAC